AUGCCUAACUUUCCAUGGACCAAGUCGAAUCGGUCGCACCAAUCUGUCGACAUCUCCUCGUCAGGGCAGCAUUCGCCCGUACCACCUGGUAAGGAAGCAUUUGGGCGCCCAAUCGCCGGCGCCGCUGACGGGCAAGCGCUGGCAGUGAAUGAGCACGUCGCCGCGCAGCGAUACCAUACUUCAGACAGCCAGCAGGCGCCUGUACAGGCUCAGCAGCCUCCUGUGCAACAACAGCAGGUCUCGGCUGGCGCUCCUCUACAGGGCCAAUAUAGAGAACAGUUUCCUCAGCGCACGACGAGUCACAGGUUGAGUUCCCAUCUCCCUCUAGGUCAGUCGUCGCCGUCGCAGGUUUACCAGCAACAACCCGGCCCCGCGCCAGUGUCUGGUGCUGAAUCGCCUCAUCGCGGCCCCUAUCAGCCCCAGCCUGCGCCUUCUGCAUACACGCCAGAAGCCAAGAAGCCAUCGCUGCGCAGUCGCAUUGCAGCCGGAGUCAAAGGGCACAAAGAUCAGGAGGCCAAAGCACAGAAGAACGGCCUGGGCAGACGACAGUCAGUCCGGAAGAGCGACCCCCGCGCGCAGGAGUAUCAGGCGCAGGAAGAGAGCCGUGUGCAGCAGUGGCACCAGCACCAAGGGUCGACUUCCCAUCUGCCCGCCUCGAACGAGCAGGACGAAGACAACCUCGAUCCCUUCCUGCAGAAAGACGAUACGCCCCAGGUACCGCCCAAGGACAUCCAGUACCAACAGAACCUGCCGCAGCCUCAGCAGUUUGCGCCGCAGCCGCGUCAGGAACAGCAGCCGUACAAUCGGCCCCCACUUGACAGGGUAAGCACGGAGGGAAGCUAUUCGACCCAAGGCGGGGUAGACCAAUACAGCCCUGAGCAACACCAGGGCCAGGGUCUCCAGCAGCCACGGCACCAGCAACAGCAACAGCAACAGCAAUACCAGAGCUACCAGCCAGCUGUCCAGCACCCACAAGCCUCGGGCGACUACCAGGCCUUCAACCCACAAACCGUGCCCAGCCCUCUGCUCCAGAACGCUCAGCUGCACGGGCAAGGUGGCCCAGUCUCGCAAGACAUCCAGCAAACUUACUACCUGUACCAACAGCAGCAAGCUAAACUCCAGGCCCAGGGCCAUUCGCCGCUAGACAACGCGCAGCAAAACACGCUGUAUCCGCAGCAGUUUGCGUCGCAGCUUCAGCCGCAUCAAGACCAGCAGCAACAGCCUCAACCUGGCCGGCCAGCCUCGCAGCAGCAGACUGACCUGCAACCCCCACAGGCGUCUCGCCAGCAUCCUCAGAUCGCGCAAGAGGCCCAGUCGAUCGAGUCGCAGCGCCGUCCCCCUUCGUCCCACCAGCUCGCCCCGCCGUCUCCCCUCCAGCCGCCGUCCCACCAGACCUACGACGCGCAGCAUCCCCAGUCGUCCGAUCUACUGCCGACCAACAUAACACCCCCACACGCGCACGACAGCAUGGCGCCUAGUGCUCAGAGCAGUGCUAGGAACACCAUCAGGAAAGCGAACGAUGGCAGCCAACCACAGCCGGGCGCAACGUCGCGAGAGUCGUCCAUGCUUUCACAGCCUCCCGCUCAAGGUCAGCCCCACGGUCAGCCGCCCGUGUCGCCGGGCCUGGCAACAUUCGACGCUAACGUCGUUCCAACAGCUUCGCAAGGACAGCCAUACCGCGGUGAGAAGCAGCCCCAGCAGGUCUCAGAAAUGGGACGGGCAACGCCACCGCCGAGGACAUCUGUCGCCGAUAUGUCAGAGGAGGAAAUCGAGAAGCUACAAAAAGAGCACGAUGUCUUGCGCGAAAAGUACCAAAAGGUCAAGCGAUACUUUUUCGAGCAGCAGUCACAGGUCCAUCAGCUACAGAACACCCUCGCAAACCAGCGUUUGUCUUUGUCUCGUACAUCCUGGGAUGACAGCGAAUAUGCAACACGAUUCAAUCGAUUGGACGGAUUGAUAGCACAGCUGUCCUUCUCAAUUCGCAAAGACUGGAAGAGUAUACCUUCGUGGCUACACAAGGUGGUCAACAAGACAGCUGUUGAGACAGGCAAGCAAGAAAUGACGGCUAUCGGCCGCGCUGUCAUCUCGCAGUGGCUGGUGGAGAACAUCUUCGAAAAGUACUUCCACCCAGACCUCGAGCCGGGCUUUUCGACGCAACUGCAAUCGAUCGUCUCCAACAUCCGCAAGUUCUCGCCGCCAUGUCAUAGCGCCGAGGAUGAAGACACGCUCGCUGCGAAGAUUAUCAACUGGCGGCUGGCCACGCUGGAGGGCCUUGCGGACACUUUGAGAGCACCACAGGCCACAGCCAAUCGCGAGGCGCUCACUGAAACACUCAACGAGAAGCUUAUUGCGUUCCUCCAAAUGCACUUGAAUGACCCUGCGCCUCCAGAUCUCAAUGGAGGUGUGCCUAUGAUCAUCGAACUCGCCAUUAGCAUCGCGCAACAUUUGCCCCUUGAAAGCCGUGAAGUACACAUCGAGUACUUUUAUCCUGAUCAUAGCAUCGUUCCCGAUUUCAUGAAGAUUGAGUCCGGCAUCCCCGCGCUGACGGCACCCAUCGUGGAGCGGGACGAUGCCGACAGAGCUUCGAUCAGAAGCAUGGCUUCCAGACCUGACGACAACAUGUCGUUGGUGGAACAAGAGCAAGCACAGCUACAGGGAAGCCAACCACCAAGAGAAGAUAAGAAGCGCGGCAUGUUCGGUUUCGGUGGGUCAAAGAAGCCGACGGCUUCUCCUGCUACUCUGGGCAAGCGCGAAUCGUCGCUCGGUCAAGGUGGCAGCCAGCAAAGUCUUACGCAACAUCCGCCGGGUAGCUCUGGUGGACCAAAGGACGAAGCGCCGCCACCACGUGUGCGUAUGGCCGCCGGUGUCUUUGUACAGAUUCGCGGCAAGAGCAUUUUGAUCAAGGCGCCAGUGUACCAGACAUGA